AUGAACCUCAUGCAAACGAAUCCCAUCAUCAUUCCCAAGCAUCAUGUGUCUGGUUUGAUAGUACGUUACUAUCAUGAAAAGGUUCACCACCAAGGUCGUCAAAUGACAGAGGGCGCUAUUCGAAAUGCUGGCUUUUGGCUGAUAGGCAGCAAAAGGCUUGUUACCUCUCAUAUACACCACUGUGUCAAGUGUCGUAAAUUACGAGGCCGUCAAGAAGAACAAAGAAUGGCGGACUUACCUGCUGAGAGAUUUGACAUUGCACCGCCAUUUAUCAACAUCGGUGUGGAUGUUUUUGGGCCCUGGACAAUUUCCACGAGGAAGACGCGUGGUGGCCAAGCAAAUUCCAAACGAUGGGCAUUGAUGAUCACCUGCCUAGUUGUACGUGCGGUCCACAUAGAGAUUCUGGAGGAGAUGACAUCCUCGUGUUUCAUUAACGCAUUAAGACGCUUUUGUGCCAUCAGAGGCGAAGUCAGGAUGAUAAGGUCAGAUUGUGGAACGAACUUUAUUGGGUCUGUAAAGGACUUGAACGCGAACGUCAUUAGCGUAGAGGCACGACCUGUCAGAGAAUAUCUUAUUGAGAACAGAAUCAACUGGGUGUUCAAUCCUCCCCACUCCUCACACAUGGGUGGAGUGUGGGAGAGGAUGAUUGGUGUAGCACGUCGGAUUCUCAACUCUCUUCUUCUUGAUGUCAAGCAUUUAACACAUGAAGUACUAACCACACUGAUGGCAGAGGUUUCAUCUAUCAUGAAUGCGAGACCUUUAGUACCAGUGUCGUCUGAUCCAGGAAAUCCACUUCCUCUGACGCCCAACACUCUUCUAACCAUGAAAACGGAUCAAACUGUGCGGUGCUUCGAGAUGGAUAACUUUAAUCCAAAGGAUCUUUACAAAAAGCAAUGGAAGUGUAUUCAGUACCUUGCUGACCAAUUUUGGACGCGAUGGAAACGUGAAUACUUACCAACUCUACAGUACCGCAAUAAAUGGCAGCAAAAUCGCAGAAAUGUGAAGGAAGAUGAUGUCGUACUCCUCAGAGACAAAUCGCUGCAUAGGAAUGAUUGGCCCAUGGGGAUUGUAGUGCGAGCUUUUUUGAGUGACGAUAAAAAGGUCCGUAAAGUAGAUGUCCGCACUGGACUAGAUAGAAAGGUUUUCACAAGACCUGUCAGUGACAUUGUUCUCCUUUUGUCAGAAUGA